ACUGAUAGACGGCACUGACUGGCAUCACUGCUGGGCACUGACUGGCGGCACUGACUGGCACAACCCCUGGGCACUGACUGGUGGCACUGACUGGCAGCACUGAUGGGCUGCACUGGUGGGUGGCACUGGUGGGCAGCACUGGUGGGUGGGCACAGGUGGGUGGCACUGGUGGGCACAGGUGGGCGGAACUUGCGGGGGCCACUGCUGGGCACCGAUCAUCAAUGCACUGAUCAUCAGUGCCCUGAUGAUCGGUGCCGAUCCCCGCUCUGACAACUGCCGGUUCUCGGCAGUACUUUCCUCACGAUCUGACAGUGCGAGGAAAGUGCAGCCGAGAACCGGCACUUGCAU